GAGCGACAAAGAAUCAGGAGAAAUGGCUGAGAACGAUGAGGCCGAAAAUACAACUGGUAAAGAGGCUACAGAUUCCAAACUGACAGGUUUUGUGAGCGGCAAAGAAUUGGGAGAAAUGGCUGAGAACAAUGAAGCAGAAAAUACAACUGGUAAAGAGGCUACAGAUUCCAUACUGACAGAUAUAUUAACCUACAAAGAAACAAGUCAACAAACGCCGGCAGCUCCGGAUGAGCAAUUAUUAGCAGAAAUGUGUGGCACCAAAGGGCCAGAAAGUACAGGGUAUAAUGUGACAAUGCCCAUUCAAAUAGAGAAACCUAUCCGACGGCAUAACAAGCCUAAAAAGGCACAUGACUACGUGGUAGCUCCAGAAGGCACGGAACAAUUCCUUUUAUGCCCUGCUUUUGCUAAAUUUACUUUCUCCAUUAAUUAA